GUCGCAAUCACUCACGCCUCGAAACAACCCCCGCCACAAACAUUAAACGUCCGUGGCUGCAAAGCGGAUAUGAGCGCCGCCCUUCCAUGACCAGAUGGCGAACGAAAAGAAGCAGCCGGCGCUGUAUUGCCAGAAAUGCCGCACGCCCAUCGAUAUCGAUGCCUCGAUAGACCAGCUGAAUCCGGCAGCCUUCAAGCUCCUGACAGACUCGACCGUUCCCGGACAGCAACAGAUCGCAAAGCACACUCCCCCCCGCCAGUCCCGGCCGACAUACCCUUCAGCCCGUCAUCAGACCUACGAGGCGGCCCUGCAGUCUGCCAGAAAUCCUACUUUCAAACGUAGCGUCCCGUCUUCGCGCUUUGGUCAACAUGGCGCGCACAACCCCGCCAUGUCCUUUGUCAACGUGCACAUGUCCGAGUCGAUGCUCGACCCGCCUUCCACGUCACCGGCACCCGUGCGCUCGCCAGACCGGCCAGCGCCGGUAGAAGAGCCUCAGUCGAACGGACUGGAGAUAACGAGACGUGCAAGCGUUGCCGGUAGUGCAGGAACGGUGGGAGGGGGCAGCAUGGCAGACGCUCUAGAGACCACGAACCGCAUGUUCGAGAUCCUGUCAGCCCGCUCCGACAUCGAUCAUCCUGUAUGCGUCGAGUGUACAGAGCUGUUAGUUGACGGCCUGCAAAAGCGCUUAGCUGUAGCGACCCGCGAGCGCGACGCCUACGUGGACUACCUCCGCCGUGCCAACACCGACGUCCCCAGCGCCGAAGAAAUAGCAGCCGCUGAAGCCGCCCUCAAAGCAGCCAAGAAGUCCGAAGCAACAGCAAUCACCAAUCUCGAAAAGCUCGAAGCAGAAAAAGCAGAUCUCGAUGCACAGCUUGCUGCCCUAGAAGCCGAAGCCCGUGAGCUCGACCAAGAAGAGAACGAAUUCUGGAAGAACAGGAAUGCGUUCUCAUCCACGUUGACCGAGUUCCAGAGCGAGCGUGACGCACUCACAACAAAGCAUGCACACGACGUGCAAAUACUAACUCAACUCCAACGCCGCAGCGUCUACAAUGACACCUUCAACAUCACUCACGACAACCAUUUCGCCACCAUCAACGGCCUGCGUCUCGGCCGCCUACCUUCACCCUACGUCGACUGGGCCGAGAUCAAUGCGGCCUGGGGUCAAACAUGCUUACUCCUCGCCACUCUCGCCGAGCGCCUAGGCUACAAGUUCCAGGGCUACGAGCUCUGCCCAAUGGGCUCAACCUCUACAAUCGUCAAGCUAGAAGUCAAAGGUGGGAACUCGACGACUGAGGCGCGGCACUCAUCUACAUCGUCACCCACGGUGAACAAGCAGCACCUAGAGCUAUACACCUCCGGCGAAUUUCCCCUGAACUUUGGCUUCAUCCACCGCAAGUUUGACACUGCGAUGGUGGCCUUCCUGGAAUGCUUACGCCAGCUUGGAGAAUUCGUGGAAAACCAGGGGAUUCAUGCUGGAGGCGGAUUAGCGGGCGUGGGCAGUGCCGGUGCCGGUGUCAAGAUGCCGUAUGAGAUUCGCAAAGACAAAAUCCACGAUCAGAGCAUCAAGUACACGCUCAACAAAGAAGAGGCGUGGACCAAGGCCUGCAAGUACACCCUCACGUGCUGCAAGUAUCUACUUGCGCACGCAAACAACGUCGAGAGCUCCGCUAUCCGGAGAGGAAGGUAGCGGGUGGGAUUGGUGGUAGGAAUGUGGUAAGAGUAUGCGAUGCAUUUCUUCGCCGACUCCAUUUGGCAGGACGAUUUACGGCAGAGAUAAGAUACCCAUGAUGAACUAUCAUUUUUCGUGUUAGGAGUGGCUUGGGCUUUGUGUUUGGCAGGACACGAGCAGACAGUUAGACAAGAUACGGGAGGCUACAUGUGUGCGGAUAUAUUACACAUCACACAGUGCAACUCCGAUAUGAGGCACAGAUGGCGCAUAGAUAAACCUAAUUUUGACCU